GAAUUUUCCGCCUUCAUUCUCACGCGCGCGAUUUCCCACCCCUCUCUCUCCCACAUCUGCUUCAAACCCAAACCCUCGCCGUCCACCGUUUCGUUGCUUCUGCGUCUGCCGUCCACCGCCGCUCGCGCCGCCAGUCUCGUCGGAUACUGCUCCGCCUCGCCGUCAACUCCACCGCGCGCCCUCAUCGCUGUUAAGUUUCAAAUAAGUUUCGAACGGGCCAACCACGGUCUGAGGACAUAUUUAGAUGGACAAAUGAUUUUAAUUGAGUCAAGCUAAUUUGGAAUUGCGAAAUCGGCUAUGGUGCAUACCUUUCCUCUAUAUAUGUUGGGCUUGUAAACCAAGGCACAACCCCGCUGACUGGAGGCCAACUAACCAUCAGUAGGGGUAAAGUCUCCACAGUGGUUUAUAUAGCACCGAGGAGUUGGGCAUUAACACGUUUAAAGGGGAAAGGGUGAGUUGUGUACUUGAAGCUGGUGAGAAAAGUUUGAAAGAUGAUGUAUUAAAUGAUGGAAAGUUCAAGUCCCACAAGUUAAAACUUCACACUUGAUGACGACUUCAGAAUUGAUUGCUCAAGAUGAAGAUGUGACUCACACCAAAAUGAAGAUGCAGACAAUGAAAAAAAGUAAGUGUCCAGAUGGUUCAGAUAAAAAGGACAGAGAAAAGAAGAAGAAGAAGAAGAAGAAGAAGCAGAAGGAGCAUAAAACCCAGAAGGACGAGCAGAAAGAAGAAAUAGAAUCGGAUGCAGAACCUCGGGUUAAGAAAGAAGAAAUAGAAUCUGAGACAGAACCUUGUGUAAAAAAAGACGAGGAAAUGCAGAAGAAGAAAAAAGCUAAGUUGUCUGAAGGCAUUGAUGAAAAUAAUUGUAAAAGAGGGCCAGAUAGUGGUAAGGAGAAGAAGAAAAAGAAGCAAAAAACUGAGGAUUCUACAGAAAGUUCUUCACAUAUUACCAAGGAGGAGAAGAGGAAGAAAACUAAGUAUGUUGAAGGUGGAUCACUAAAAAAGGUUCAUGAAGGAGAAGCAGGAUUGAGGGAGGAGGAAAUUAGUAGUCCUCCUGAAAGACUUUCGCCCAAGGGAUCAUCUAAGAAAGUAAGAUUUUCAGAAGAUGUGGAGAUUUUUCCAUUAGUUGAUGCCCAAAGUAGUGGGAAAACAAAGCAGGAUGAUGGUUUAAUUAGAGGCAAGCGGUUUUCCAAAGAAGAAGAUGAGAUAGUUAAAAAGGCUGUCUUGAAAUAUAUUGAGGAACACGCUCUUGGUGAUGAAGGUCUCAAGAAAGUUCUUCAUUGCAGGGAGUUUCCAGAAGUGAAAAGUUGUUGGAAGGACAUAGGAAAAGCCUUACCUUAUAGGCCUUAUUUGAGUGUAUAUUAUAGAGCUCACAUCUUGUUUGAAAGAGAUGAGACACAUAAAUGGACACCUGAGGAAUAUGAACUUGUUCGAAAGUUUCAUGAGAAACAUGGAUCGGAUUGGAAAGCAUUGGCAGAAGUCCUUGGAAAACAUAGGUUUCAUGUGAAAGAUACGUGGCGACGAAUAAAACUCCCCAAUAUGAAGAAAGGAAAGUGGACACAAGAUGAGUACCAGAAAUUAUUUGAUUUAGUUAACAAAGACCUGCGACUCAAGGCUUAUGAGGAAAAAAGAUCCAAGCAUGGGAUGCUUCGUGACAAUAUCUGCUGGGGAGCAAUUAGCGACGAGUUGUCCACAAGAUCAACUGCUAUUUGCUGCCAGAAAUGGUAUGGCCAGUUGACAUCGCCAAUGGUUGCUGACAAUGAAUGGGCAGACGUUGAUGAUUACCGGCUUGUUGAUGCCCUCUCCAGCUUGGAUGCUUGCUCCAUUGAAGAUGUGGAAUGGGACCAACUGCUUGAACACAGAAAUGGUGAGGUAUGUAGAAAGCGAUGGUCUCAAAUGGUCAAACACAUAGGUGAUAAUGGAAACAAGUCAUUUUCUGAACAAGUUGAAGUCCUUUCCGAGCGAUAUAGCCUUGAUGUACUUGAUGCAAGAGAAGCCUACGACAAUCCUUCUAUAGUUGAUUAACGAAAACAUGGUUCCAAUCUCAUCCAGGGUAUUGUAUCAAGAUGUCUCAUGUGUUUGAUGCCAAUGUGUAGUAAGAUGUCGUCUUCCUCAGCCAGCCCAAACAUCUCUUGCUAGGAUUAUCGAGUUGUGUAUGAUCUUUUUGGACAAGGGAACAUAUAUAGCUUGCUUAUUCAUUGCAUAUCCCAUGUCUUAUUUUGUUCUUAAUAGUGAUAUUAGUUGCUACGUUUAUAAUUUUCCAGUUACUCUACACAGGUGAAAGUUUUGGGAGUUUCUUUUUCUCA